AUGUUGCUUAACAUGGGAGGAUGUGAGACGUUAGAAGGAAUUAGCGACUAUCUGACCAAUAUAUUUACUGAUCCAGAUGUUGUUCAACUUCCAUUCAGCAGGCAGUCUUUAAUAUUUAUACCGUCUAAUAGCGUCACUGGAAGAUUACUUGCAAUCAGAAGAAAAUCCACAGUGGUUGAAUACUAUAAGUUUUUGGUCGACAAAUUGAGAGAUUUGAUAAGGGAUUUUGAAAGUUAUGAUGAUAAACCACCCGUUAUUUUAUUCACUGCUCAUUCUAUACCUCUUAAAUGGAUGGUACCCAGUGUUAAUAAAAUGCUUACUGGUUUGGCUAAGAAUGGCUAUCAGAAUAUCAUUUUAGCUCCAAUUGUGUUUGCUGCCGAUUGCAGCGAGACUUUAUAUGAAUUGGACAUUCUUUAUAGAAGUUUAGCCACAAAAGUUGUUUUGGAUAAUUUUAAUGAAUUUUAA